AUGCGGGCGGCGGUCCGAGCGAGCUGGCAGCGGCGGGACAGGGACCUCCUCGGCCGCUUCGACUUCAGCUGGGACGGCCAGGGUGACCCUAAACUGCUCGAGUACAACGCAGACACGCCCAUGAUUCUCGUGGAAAUGGCCGUGGGCCAGCGCCUGUGGUGGGACCACGUGCAUCGCAAGGAGGACGAGGCUAGCCAUCGAAUAAAAUGGUGCUUCAAUACGAUUGAAAAUCAGCUGGCGGUGGCGUGGCCGCGGGUGGUGCCACCCAAGACGUCGCUGUGUGUGGCUGGGACGAAUGCCUCCGUGGAAGAGCAAGAGCAUGCGGCGUUCGUGGCUAAGACCGCCGCCGCCAGUGGCAUCGCCGUGACGUUGGCGGGCAUGGACCAGUUGAGUGUCGCAAACGGCAAAGUGGUGACCACAUGGGACAACACCCCCGUGCCGUGCUACGAGUGGCUCGCCGAAGAAUCGCUGGGGAUCGACCUGUUUGCGGACGACGGCUCCAUGUCCUCCAGUGACGAAAAGACUGUGUGGAUCGAACCUGCAUGGAAGCUCGUGCUGGGCAACAAGGCGCUGCUCUCGCUGCUGUGGGAACUGUACCCGGGCCACCCGAACCUCCUUCCAGCUACGUACAACCAACUACAAGCUCGCACGGGCGUCGUGUACUCGCACGAGUUCGACAAUCCCCACGAGUUUCUCACGGCGGCAAUCGACGCGGCCACCGUGUCGUUGCCCGCAGAAGGGGACACGCUUGAUCGCGUUGCCAACUUGUUUGGUCAUACCAAUCAGGAUCCGACGCUCUACCUUGGCCAUCCCGUGUACCAAGCAUACCACGAGACGGCCAAGUUCAGCGGCCGGCGCAUCGUCGUGGGGUCGUGGGUGAUCCAUGGCCAGCCCACCGGCACUUGCAUCCGCGAAGGCGGGGCCGACACGACCAACGACAGCAGCAGCUUCGUGCCGCACUACGUCGAUCGGGAACUGUACGUGAGUUUGUACCCCCCGGUCGACGACUCGUACGCCGGCCACGUGCAACGCUACUUUGGCUACGGCGGCGGCGGUGGCAGUGGGGUGCCCGUGACGUCGCCCAAUUUGACGACUCAAAACGCAGCCCGAACCCAGACGCUGGGGCCGUCAAGCGGCGUGGCAAUUCCCCACGAUACAGCACGUCCGGACGAAGCGGCCAAGGGGGCGGUGUUGGCUUCACGACGGGCGAGAUUGGCAGAGCAGAUGGCGGCGGAGACCGGUUGA